CCAGAAAAAAUGUCUAAACAAGCUCAACACUUCUUCCUCGAAGAUUGGCUGAAGAGCAGCACCACCACCACCCCCAUCGCCACCACUAAACCCACUGCAUCAUCAGCCAGAGCAAUAAUUCAAUCAUGGUCUAAUCUGAGAAACUCACUUCAAACACAAACAUUCCAACUCCUCCAUCUCCAAUCUCUACAAACCCUUUUAAAUUCCCAAACUUCCAUUAACGUUGCAGACCCACAAGCUAAACUCCUUCUCUCAAUACUCUCAUCUUCGUCUCCAAAUCUCUCUCUUCCUCCUGAAUCUCAUCCUCUUUUUCUUAAACUUCUCUAUAUUUGGGUCAGAAAAUCAUCAAAACCCUCACAAGCUCUUUUGGAUUCAGCACUUCCUAUACUAUCUAAUUUAUUCAAUGAAGAAAGAGAAAUCCAUUUCUCUGUGGGUUCUCUGGGUGUUCUUCUUCUGGGUGCCAUUUCUUUUGUACCUGGGUUGUCUGAGAAUUCAAGAAAGGCCUGUGUGGAGCUUCUUUGUAAGUUGUUUGAACAAGAACGCGGCGGAGUAAUGGCGGUGGUUCAGGGAGAAUUUGUUCCUGAGGUUCUUGCUGGAAUUGGGUAUGCUUUAAUUUCUUCUGAGAUUCCUUAUAUUAGUAGAAUUUUGGAUUGUAUGUUUGGGAUUUGGGGUAAAGGAAAGGGGUUAUCUGGUUCAGUGUCUUAUGGACUUAUGAUGCUUCAUUUGAUUGAAUGGGUUGUAUCUGGUUUCAUUAAUUUACAGUCUUAUAAGAAAAUUGAGUGUCUUUGCGGAGAGAUUUCGAGAACACGAAAAUUAGAUUCUGCAUUGUUUGCAGUAGUCAUGGUUGCAGCUGGAGGAUUGAGGGGAUUAAUCAAAGCUCCACUGAUAGGGACUAGAGCAGAAACUGUUCAUAACAUAAGAAUUUCCUUAGAAAAAUGUAUUGCAGUUGUAGCUAGAGAAUUGAUCUCUAAAACAGGAAGUUUCUGUCACUCGGCCUUUGAUCCUAACAUUCGUCUCAUUGUACAAUGUAUAGCGUUGAGUUUGGCUCGGUCUGGUCCAGUUUCUUUCGACCCCUCUUUACUUCUAUGCAUUACUUUUGCAUCAUUGACUGAAGUUUUCCCUCUCCGAUCUUUCUACUCGAGAAUUCUAGAUUCCUUGCAUAAAAAUUCCAUUCAAUUGGGGUUAAGUGAGGUUAAAGCACAUUUAGAUAGUAUUCUUUUUAAGGAAGCGGGAGCCAUUACCCGGGUUUUCUGCGACCAGUAUGUAUCCGCAGACGAUGAACAUAAAACUAUGGUGGAAAAGUUAAUUUGGAGCUAUUGUCAGGAUCUUUAUUCAGAGCACCGAAGGAUUGCUUUGGCUCUUCAUGGUGAACUGCCAGAACUGUUUGGGGAUUUAGAAAAAAUUGCAGAGUCUAGUUUCCUCAUGGUUGUGGUUUUUGCCUCAGUUGUGACGAAGAACAGGUUUAAUUCAGCACUCUCAAGGGAAAUACAGUUGGAUGUAUCAGUCGGUAUCUUGGUUUCAUUUUCUCGGGUGGAGUAUUUCAGAAGGAUUCGAUUACCAGAAUACACAGAUGCAAUUCGAGGAGUUGCUAAGAACGUUCAAGAAAAUGAACCUGCAUGUGUUUCUUUUGUCGAGUCAAUGCCAUCUUAUGAUGAUUUGACAAACUGCUAUGGCUCUGUUGGCUUGAGUGAAGUGGAGUAUAACUGGGCAAAAGACAAUGUUCAGACUGCCCGUAUACUAUUUUAUCUGCGUGUUAUUCCGACUUGUAUCGAACGUGUUCCUGCUUCCGUAUUCAGUAAAGUGGUAGCUCCAACCAUGUUUCUAUACAUGGGACAUCCAAACGGGAAGUUAGCUAGGGCUUCUCAUUCAGUAUUUGUCUCUUUUAUGUCCUCUGGAAAGGACUCUAAUCAAGAAGAACGAACGCUGUUGAAGGAACAGCUUGUUUUCUAUUACAUACAGAGAGCUAUAGAGGGAUAUCCUGGGAUUACCCCUUUCGACGGCAUGGCCUCAGGAGUAGCGGCGUUGGUUCGUUUUCUUCCCGCUGGAAGCCCCGCUGCAAUGUACUGUGUUCACAGCCUUGCAGAUAAAGCUAAAAGCCUAUGCAGUAAAGCCAUGACUGAAGAUGCUGAGAUGUGGAAGGAUUGGCAGGGAGACUCGGAGCCUAGUAAGAAACUACUCGAGUUGCUUCUACGACUACUAUCUUUAGUUGAUAUACAGAUACUACCAAACUUAAUGAAGCUGCUAGCACAGUUCAUUGUGGAAUUACCAAAAGAUGGUCAGAACAUGGUACUCGAUGAGAUAUAUAACCAGGUUGCAGACUCUGAUGAUGUUACAAGAAAACCUGCUCUGGUGUCAUGGCUGCAAUCACUUUCUUUCCUUUGUUCCCAGACGACUUUUACAAAAUCAACUUCUUCAUCAAGUACGGAUAUUUUAAGCUUAAACACUGUCAGUGCCCGUCUUUGAGACUUUACAUAUUUAGGUAUAAUUUCUGGAAUUUUCUUCUUCUGUACGCUUGUACACUUGAACCAUCUGUUGUCGUCACACCAAAAAGAAACUUACUUUAGAAAUAAACCCUUAGUGUAUAAGAUCCAUGUAUACAAGGUCUAGUUGUAAAAAUAAAUAGAUGCUGUUCUAUCUUGCUGUAUAAUUUUCUUAAAAUCGAUUAAUCGAUGGAAGAAAUAAAAGGGAAAGCUUUUGCUCUUUAAAA